AUGAGUUCCGGUCCGUUGUAUCUCGGGUUCGACCUGUCGACCCAACAGCUCAAAGACCUCAGCCCUGAUGCGUCCCCAGCCAUUGUCGUGCAGUCGGACCUGACGGUCGUCUCCGAGGCCAAGGUCGACUUUGACGCCGACUUUGGCAAGCAGUAUGGCCUGCGCAAGGGCGUCCUGACCAACGAGGCCGAGGGUGAGGUCUACGCCCUCGUCGCCAUGUUCCUCGAGGCCAUUGACCUCGUCCUCGAGCGCCUCAAGGCCAAGACCCCGCUGGACCGCAUCAAGGGCAUCAGCGGCUCGUGCCAGCAGCACGGCAGCACCUACUGGGGCAAGGACGCCGAGACGCUGCUGGGCGGCCUGCGGGCGGACAAGCCGCUCGUCGAGCAGCUCAAGCAGGGCUUCUCGCAUCCCUACGCGCCCAACUGGCAGGACCACAGCACGCAGGCGCAGUGCGACAAGUUCGAUGCCAACUUUGAGACGGCGCAGCGCCUGGCCGAGGUCACCGGUAGCGCCGCCCACCACCGCUUCACCGGCACGCAAAUCAUGCGCCUCCGCCAGAAGCUCCCCGAGAUGUACGCCGCCACGUCCCGCAUCUCCCUCGUCUCCUCCUUCCUCGCCUCCGUGCUCCUCGGCUUCGUCGCCCCCAUCGACAUCAGCGACGUCUGCGGCAUGAACCUGUGGGACAUUUCCGCCGGCACCUGGAGCGAGCCCCUGCUCGAGCUCACUGCCGGCAACAAGUCCAAGGUGGCGGACCUGCGCGCGAAGCUGGGCGAGCCGCGCCACGACGGUGGCGGGUCGAUGGGCCCCAUCUCCCCGUACUUUCAAGGACUGCCAGAUCGCCCCUUCACCGGCGACAACCCGGCCACGAUCCUCGCGCUGCCGCUGCGGCCUAUGGACGCCAUCGUCUCGCUCGGCACCUCGUCGACCUUCCUCAUGGUCACGCCCGUCUACAAGCCCGACGCCGCCUACCACUUCUUCAACCACCCGUGCACCCCGGGGCAGUACAUGUUCAUGCUCUGCUACAAGAACGGCGGCCUCGCGCGCGAGAGCGUCCGCGACGCCCUCCCCAAGCCCGAGGGCGGCGACCCCUGGGCCAACUUCAACAAGGCCGUCCUCGACACCCCGCCGCUCGACGUCCGCUCCGAGUCCGACAGGGCCAAGCUGGGCCUGUACUUUGACCUGCCCGAGAUCGUGCCCAACAUCAAGGCCGGCACGUGGCGGUACACGGCGAAGCAGGACGGCAGCGACCUCGCCGAGGCGGCGGCCGCGUGGGACAGGCAGACGGACCCGCGCAUCAUUGUCGAGUCGCAGGCCCUCUCGAUGCGCCUGCGCAGCCAGAACCUCGUGCACAGCCCGCGCGACGGGCUCCCCGCGCAGCCGCGCCGGAUCUAUCUCGUGGGCGGCGGCUCGCUGAACCCGGCCAUCGCGCGCGUCAUGGGCGACGUGCUGGGCGGCGUCGACGGCGUGUACAAGCUCGACGUCGGCGGCAACGCGUGCGCGCUCGGCGGUGCGUACAAGGCUGUGUGGGCGCUCGAGCGGGGCGAGGGCGAGAGCUUCGACGAGCUCAUCGGCAAGCGGUGGAAGGAGGAGGGCGCGAUCCAAAAGGUCGACGACGGGUUCAAGGACGGCGUGUUCCAAAAGUACCAGCCCAUUGUCGGGGCGUUUGAGGAGAUGGAGAAGACGAUUCUCAAGGUGGCCCACAACUAA